GCGGUCGCAUCCAGACUCUACUAUUGCCCUCCUAUCGUCAACAGUGUAGACUGGCUUUCCUCCAGUGGUGGAUAGGCUUCUCCACAGCCACACCUCACUCGCGGUAAGGGUUAGGUCUCGGGGUGGUUGUUCAUCAUCCUGUGCUACAACAACAUUGACACUUUCUUCUUCUCCCUGAGACAUCAGAGCUGGCAUGUACAGUGGGAUUACGUCUGAGAUUAGCAUCAAAUUUGAACGUAGCUCACGACGUUCCAUCGCCAACAUACAUAUGGCGUCCUGGAUGCGACUUCCAGUUACUUCAGGUACCAAGGUGAACCCAGCGGGGAGAGGGCUAUCCCCGAUUUCCUCCUUGUGACCAUAAGCCGUGACUGUCACGUUACCAAUAUAACCUUCGUCCGUGAGAGCUGAUUUGAUGUUUUCAUAAACGGUAUUUGGAUCGAGACCACUAGGGAUCUUGCAGUCGCCAUACAUGUCCCAGAAGACGAAUGUCUCAGCCUUGGCGAAUUCCUUUUUUUUUAAUCAUGCGAUUAUACAUGGUGAGAGACUAGACGAUCUUGGACAUAAGUUGUAGGAGCAAGGAAAACUAGCGGAGGCGGAAAGAAGCCAUAACGGAGAAUCUGUUGAAGCCAAGCAAAGCUUAAAGCUUAAAGCUAAGAAAGCAUUUAUCAAUCAGCCCACUGCAAUAUUCUGGAGAUUUAAAGAAGCCAUCUUUGUGGCUACUUUUGUUAUUCUGCUUUGUUGCUUUGGAGAAUCUAUACUCUCUUCCGGACAAAUAGUCUUUGUCAUUUUUUUUUUUUUGGGAAAAAAACAAGUCUGAAGACUCAAGAUCAAGGAAGAUUCUGUCUUUUCCAAGAAAUUGCGAACAGCAUGGUUGGAAUUUUCUCCAGAUUUUAUGUUGGUAGAAACGGCCAUAGACGAACACAGAGUGCCAUCGAUGAGAGAGGAGCAUUGCCUCCACGUCCUGAUCUUGUUGCUUCAACCAACACCACAACCGGUCCAACUCAUGGGAUCGAAGUAUCAACAGAGUUUAAACCGGUGGAACACCCGCUCGAGCCCUUGGACAACGACCAACCGAUCCAAUGUCCACUCCCCGAGCCCUCCAUUCUCAAUGACGGGAGAAUUUGGAAAGAGAGAGUAUCGUCUUCGAUGAGGAGACGAGGCGAUUUGGCUAUCGUUCAAGAUGGAAUGGGUGAAGAAUCUGAUGGCUCUGUGACAAUACCAUCGCAGACUAACCAAAGCGAUCCCAAGCGUUUGUUCUUGCCUUCGCUCAGUGCACCUGAGCACCACUUGCUGAAUCUUCUAGACGAAUGCAAAGCAUCCGGUAGUAUCUAAGAACCGAGGCUGGUCUAUGCUCUAUUUUACCUUUUCUGAUAUUAAGAACAAAACCAAAUUUUAGUGAAUGUUAUAUAUUUGAUUGUUAAACUAAAAUCAUCAAUCUAUUAUCAUAUUCUGUGAAUCAUAAAAGAUACAUGGUUUCGUUUGAUCAAA